CGGGUGAGGCAGCGCGGCGGGGCCCGCGGCGGGGAAGCGGCAGCCUCCGGCUGCGGGGACACCAGGCAGGCAUGGUUGGCUAUGACCCUGAGGCCAGGUGCGUCUCCACGGUGGAAGCAGCUGUAGCAGGAUCAGCAUCUGGCUUAGUCACUCGGGUCCUUGUCAGUCCCUUGGAUGUCAUCAAGAUCCGCUUUCAGCUGCAGAUUGAGCAGCUUUCCUCCAGAAACCCAGGGGCUAAGUAUCAUGGCAUCUUGCAAGCUGUACAACGCAUCUUCCAGGAAGAGGGGUUGGUAGCCUUCUGGAAGGGCCAUGUUCCUGCUCAGUUCCUUUCAGUUGGCUAUGGAGCUGUUCAGUUCAUGGCGUUUGAGAGCCUGACCAAGCUGGUGCACAACAUCACCUCCUAUGACGCCCGCGGGUCCUUCGUGCACUUCGUCUGCGGGGGGCUGGCCGCCUGCACCGCCACCGUCACCGUUCAGCCUGUCGACACGCUGCGCACCCGCUUCGCUGCCCAGGGCGAGCCCAAGAUCUAUCACAACCUCCGCCAUGCAGUGCUGACCAUGUACCAGACAGAAGGGCCUCGGACUUUCUAUAGGGGUCUGACCCCCACAAUAGUUGCUGUCUUUCCAUAUGCUGGCUUCCAGUUCUCCUUCUACAACAUCCUGCAGCAGUUUUCUGAAUGGGUGCUUCCAGCUGAAGGAAAGAAUGGAGGCAACAUGAAAAAUCUCAUCUGUGGGAGCUGUGCUGGAAUCCUCAGCAAAACCCUCACCUACCCUUUCGAUGUCUUCAAAAAAAGACUGCAAGUGGGUGGCUUUGAGCAUGCCCGGGCAGCCUUUGGGCAGGUACGGACGUACAGGGGGCUCCUGGACUGCAUGAGGCAGAUCAUGAGAGAGGAGGGCCCAGGUGGGUUCUUUAAGGGCCUUUCACCCAGCUUGCUGAAGGCUGCUGUCUCUACUGGCCUGAUCUUCUUCUGGUAUGAGCUGUUCUGCAGCCUGCUGUGUGCCCUAAAGAGCAGCGAUAGAACUCCGAGGAAGGAAGGUUGACAGGCACGUGUACAUGGCUACUUGGCGUUCUCCUGGAGGAGCAGAAACUGGUGGCUUUGCCCUGUCACAGGCAUGCUGGAAACAUCAGAGCUCCACCAGCCUGUGGGAAGUCACCUCCUGGGACCAAGCAGGAGAGGGCAACUGCAGUUCUGCAAGAAGACACUGAGCUGCUUUGCUGGAAGUUGUUCGACUGAGCACUUUUGUCUCUGUCUCCCCCAGUAUCAGCACACACAUUUGGUGGGGAGCAGGAGAACCAAGCAGACACUACCUAUCAGAGCCUGAGCUCUCACAAGGCACCUGCUCAAGUGGGUGAAUUCCUGCAGUUGCCUGGCUCAUGGCCUGGCUAGUGUUGCUUACCCAACAUGAAGCCACUUUGUGUCGCUGCAUCCGCACAGAUUUCUUUCCUUGCUCUGCGGCCUGCUGCUUGCAGCACAUUUUUCCCUCAGUGUUGCACAGGUAGCUCUGUCCUGCUGUUGUGAAGUCAGUUACACCUCCUUAAUGUGCACAGCUCCUCAUUCUGCCUUCUCUUUGCUGCCAGCUGCUGCUUCCUGAUUAACACUUGCUGGCUGCAUGUCCUCAGCCACCUUAAACACAGAAUCUAGUGGCUCAUGCUGUCCCAAACUUUCUCUUUCAUCAACUCUGGUGAGCUUGAUUGUAUCCCAAGUGCCCACUUGUCUUCCUUUGUGUUUUGCCAUACAUUUCUUGGGGUCCUGCAUUGCUUCAGUCACCCUUUUUCCAAGCAGACCUGAAGACUGGGAACCCCUCUUCAAGGGGAUUCAAUGCACAAGCCCAAUUCUUACUUCAGGGUUCUUUGCUUCAAUGCAGUGAGUAAACAAAAGCUUUACAGAGUCUUAGAAAUAUUUAGUCUAAGUUGGGAGAAUGAAGGAAAAAUCCUGUGGAAACUACUAAAUGUCUUUUGUUGUUGUUGUUUAGUAGCACCUUUGCAUGUUUCUAGAAAGUAUUCCUGCAGUGGCCUCAAAACACUUCUGAUCUUCAGUCCUGCAGUGGUGGUAAGCGAUGAAAACCUUUUGACUAGAUUUAAGCGAGAGGACUGAACACCCGGUGGGAUCUGGUCGGUGUGACAUGGUGUUUGAGAAGGAAAAGAUGAUUGAGUUAGAGCUAGAGAAGUGUUUUUCUGCAGUUUCAAAGGGCUUGUGAGUGGUUAAAGCCCCAGGAAAACAGCUCUGAUUUACGUAACAGGGGAAAAGAGGAAAAUUACUUUCUUCCUCCUUUUUUAUUCUCUGUUUUUUCAAGCGGAGCAGGGUGUGGUGGGAGCAGUGUGUGGAAGGCAGACAUCGAGGGAGAGGCACUGUGAUACAAAAGCAUGUUAGUCAUCUGGCCAGUGGUGGAUAGGGCAGAGCACAGCAGUUAUUCAGAGCAUGCUUUGACAGCUGUUCUCUUAGCACAGAGCUUUUGGUGGCCCUUUUGCAGCAUUCAGGGUGUUAAGCCCAAAAGGUCUGGCCAGGCUCCACGAUGACCAAUUCCAUUCUGUUGAUGCGACUUCUCCUGGGGAUU